GGUUGCAUUAGGAGAAUUGAACAACGCAGGGUAAAGGGAUGUCUCUUUGCUUUCCCUUUCCCUUGAUUAAUUGUCCUCGCUUGGUUAAUAUGACCACGCCAUUUAUUAAUGUGUCGAUACGUCUAUGGUUUAGAAUUAUGUAGCCCUGUAUUUGAUAAAGGUGCCGUGAAGUGGAUAGGGGUUGGAGGGUGGGAUGAUAAUCGAACCUAAUCAAGAACCUCACCCAGUUUACGUCUGUUUGAGAAUUUUGAGAAAGAAGGGUAACCGUCGAAGCGACGGUGCCCUCCUGAUUCCGUUACUGCACCGUUAAAUAUUUACGUGGGUUUACGGGGCUGCCGUGAUCGUGGCGGCUCUCAUCAGCUGCGUUGCGCUGCGCCGAUGGCGAGCGCCGUCGAAGCAGAGGGUUCCAACGGCCACGACAGAGGCGGGGGCAGCGGGCUGGGAGCAGGGCGCCUGCCGCGGCUGCCGCGGUGGAGUAGGCAGGAAAUACUGGUACUGAUAAGGGGGAAGCGUGCGGUGGAGAGCCGCGGGAGGGUGCGGGGGCGGGGCGGCGGCGUAGGGGUAGUUGGGGAGGAGGGAACGGCGGCGGCCGGGCUGGUGGAGCCUAAGUGGGCGUCGAUCUCGUCGUACUGCCGGCGGAACGGGGUGAAUCGGGGUGCGGUGCAGUGCCGUAAACGGUGGAGCAACCUCGCCGGCGACUUCAAGAAGAUCAAAGAGUGGGAGGCGAAGGGAAAGGAGUCGUUUUGGACGAUGAGGAACGAUCUGAGGAGGGAGUGGAGGCUGCCGGGGUUCUUUGACCGGGAGGUGUAUGACAUCCUUGAUGGGGCGGCCUUGCCGGAAUUGGAACCGGAAGCGGAAGCAAAGCUUGCGGCCGAAGAGGAAGGUGGGAGGAAAGGGGGUGGGCUGACGCCGCCACCGGCCGAGGUAGAAGUGGCCGUGUUUGAUAGCGGGCGGACGGCGGCCGAGGAUGGAUUGUUCUCUGACUUCGAAGAGGAGAAAGAGGUCGAGGAGGAGGAAGAUGAUCCGCUGCCGCCACCGCAGCCUGUAACAGCUGUCCCAAUAACAGAGAAGAACGGAGAAACACCUAGACAAGACAGAUUUGAUUUUUGUGAAGGUAUGGCAAAAGACAAACAACAUGCUCAAGACCUUGGAAAGGGCUCCACGUCACACGAAGGACAAAAGCGAAGGCGAACAUCACCAGAAGGAGCUGAAGACAAUGAUCUUCAGACAAGACUGAUUGAAAUUUUAGACAGAAACAGUAGAAUGAUGAUAGCACAACUAGAAGUGCAAAAUCUCAAUUGCCAAUUGGAUAGAGAUGAGAGGAAAGAUCAAACUAAUGGCUUGCUCAUUGUUCUUGGCAAACUAGCUGAUGCUCUUGGCAAGAUAGCUGACAAGUUAUAGAUCGGCCGAAGUUAUUUGAACACGGUCAUCCAAUGAUUCAUAACUUUGAAGAUCUUAAUGGAGGUGAAUUCAGAUAACAUUCCUGGUGUUAGGAUAAAGAAGCUUGUGAAUUAGAUAUUUCAAUGUAAAGUACUCUCUCUUUCUUUUUUCUUUUUAGAGGGAUAGGUUUUUUAAAAUAGGGCGAUAGCUGAGUUUUGACAGUCAUUCCUUAUUUGUCUUAUAAUUUUAAAGUAGCAGGAAUAGAAAGUUAAUAGGAAUACCAACUCAUGCGGAUGGAUUAAUGCUAUUUGAUAAAGCUUUCAAUUGUAAUUGUUAAGCAAUAACAGGUUAAAGCAACUAAACUUUUACAAUAGGUUGGUGCGUGUAGAAAGAAACAUUCUACCAUCUGAUUAGAGCUGCUAAUUAUUUGCCUUGGAUAAAAGAAUCCUUCUUCGAGAAUGAUAAGUCUCACAUGAGAUUGGCAACAACCAAGUCAAAACCAAAUAUGCAUUCUUACUUGCAAGCUUGAUGAUCCAGAUCUCAGUGUAGUCAGAUUUACUUUAGUAGUGCUUUAUUUUCUCACAAUAAUAUCUGUACUUUGACUGCAGUCAUAUUUUUUUCAUGGAAAUUGUUGUU